GGCUCACCACACCAACCAGCAAGCAAAAAUUCCCCAAUCCUCUCGUCUCCGCGGCGAAGAUGUCGGGGCGCGGCAAGGGCGGCAAGGGCCUGGGCAAGGGCGGCGCGAAGCGUCACCGGAAGGUGCUGCGCGACAACAUCCAGGGGAUCACGAAGCCGGCGAUCCGGAGGCUGGCGCGGCGGGGCGGCGUGAAGCGCAUCUCGGGGCUCAUCUACGAGGAGACCCGCGGCGUGCUCAAGAUCUUCCUGGAGAACGUCAUCCGCGACGCCGUCACCUACACUGAGCACGCUCGCCGUAAGACCGUCACCGCCAUGGACGUCGUCUACGCGCUUAAGCGCCAGGGCCGUACCCUCUACGGCUUCGGCGGCUAGGCCUGCCGCCCCGCGCCUCGCCGUCGCUGCGGUUCUGGUGUUGCUGCAGUUCGCAAGUUGUUUGUGUGGGGGAAAUUUGCUAGAUACUGUAGAACUGCAGUGCGGUAUGCUGCACAUGGUGUGUUUGUCUGAAGAAAUGUUGUCAUUGCUGGCUUGCUCUGGACUCAAACAUGCUCCAUUUUGUGUU